GUUUGUAGCCAUCGUGGGCGGAGCCGAAGUACAGUCGUACUCGUACAGUGGUGUAGCCGAAGCCGGUUGAAACAAACGAACUUCGGCAACUUGGGUUGACGAGGUUGACGACGCGCCGGACGGUCGACGCGGUUUCGUUUCGUUUCUUUUGUUGUGUGUGAGCGAAGCUCCGAAAAAUCGGAGGAAGCAUCAUGAGCACGCUGAGUCUGGUGGUGCCCAAGGAGUACGGCUACGUGGUCUUGGUCGGAGUCGGGUCCACGCUGGUCAACAUGUGGCUCUCCAUCAGGGUGGGCAAGGCCCGCAGACUCUACGACGUCAAGUACCCUGCGAUGUAUUCUGACACCAACAUCGUCUUCAACUGCAUCCAAAGGUCUCACCAAAACUUCUUGGAGUACUACCCACAGUUCCUGAUGGUCCUGUUUCUCGGUGGCAUAGAGUAUCCCAGGCUGGCGGCCGCUUCUGGUGUGGUGUUCCUGGCAGGGCGGAUCGUCUAUGCGCUUGGAUACUCCACUGGGGACCCAGCCAAGCGCAUGCGUGGAGGAUUCCAGUACAUUGGCCUGCUGACGCUGCUGGGUCUCUCGGCCCGACUCGGAGUCCGCAUGCUGGGCCUGGUUCAUUAGAGGGAUGCGCACCCCAAGCUGGUGCUCGGACCCCUGGCACCGAAAACGGAAGCAGAUCGGCUGGCAUCACUGUAGCCGCACGAAUGUCUUCACCUAGUUUGCGCGCCUGAACGUGUCUGUACGCACUUAUCAACGCGUUCCUUUAGUCUCUCGCCGGGGGCACUGGAAAGCCUCUUUGGUAGAAGGUGCGGGAUUUAUGGGGCACUGCGGCAUAAUCACUUCUUUGUUAUGUUUUAUGAGCCUGUUUUACAAUAAAUGGUUUGCACCCAUGC